AUGGAUAGAACUGCUUCUCCGGAAUCCAAUAUCGCUGACCUCGUUUCAGAUGAUGAUUCAUCUUCUGUUUCAAGUCUGGAUUCAGUGAAUGAUACUCCAACAAACAAUAAUCAAACACAAUUACUAACAAACACACCGCUGACCAUUGAGUUAAAUUCGAAUCCUCUCAUUGAGGUCAUGCCAAUGACUCCAAACAAUCAAAAAGGGCAGCUCUCAAUCACAACACCCAACUCUCAAAAUAAUACUCCAAAUUUAUAUCCAAGCACCGUGUCUGUUUCACCAAGAGGUGCCAUCCUGAACAACAUGUCAACACCCACCAAUCUUCCCAAAGAAAAUCCUUCCAUACCAUCAGUGUCAAGCACAGGCCAACCGAGCGAUGAUAUUAAUUCAUCCUCAAACAAAAUAGAUACAACAGAAUUUGUUUUAAUGCUCUUCUUUCAAGAAUUCAAAGAACAAGCCUUGAAAAUUAUCGAUGAGUUCGCUUUCGAAAAUAAGGUGAACGACAACGUCACAUCCAUAAUAGAUUCCAGAGUUUUUAGUCAUGCAGCACCACGAACCUCCACAAAUUGGAACAGCUCUAGCCAUGCAACAAAUGGAUAUAAUGAAUUCAUUCAAUCAGCUAUAGAUUUACAAUAUGGAAACGAGCUAUCUUCAUAUGAAGGAUCUUCUAGGGGCUCGAUCAUGCUUCGUGACGUUACUUUAAACGCAAGUUCUAGAGCUUCUGAAAUUUUUAGUGCUUCUCCAUUGUCGAACACUUCAUUAAUGUCAUUUUCUCCUGAGUCUUCACACCGAAGAACAGAAUCUAUUUCCGGUAUAUACUCGAGUCAAUCGUUUGAACAGUUGUUAUCUGCAUUUUCUGCGAUUUCGAAACAUCAUUUGAAUACCAUGAUUGAAGCACUAAUUAAUUGGAGAGUUCAUCUUGAUUGCAAUCCUACCACAAUUGUGAAAGAAAAAAUUAAGGAAAAACUGACAAAUCUUUCUAAAAAAGCUUCUCUUGCUAAACAAGAGACUUUGAUAGCAAAUUUCAAAGAAAGAAAAGAGUUGGCUGCCGACUAUAUAUUAAGUUUAACAGUUCUGUUAACAUUAGGAUCUUUUAGACAACCAGAGCUUUCUCUUAAAAACUGCGAACAAAUAGAAUUUUUAUGUAUGGAUAGAUUUAAAAAAGCACAUGUAAAUAUUACUACUGGAUUGGAAUCUCUUGUCGAAAGCAAGAAAAAAGUUUUGGAUUUAUUCGCUGAAAUUAUUGGUUUAAUGUCUGUGAAAUGGUUUCAAAAAAUAUCCGAUAAUUUCUUAGAACAAGCAAACGCAAGAUUGGAAUAUAAAUAUGAAGCAGCAAGCUUUAUUAGGGCAUUGAAGUAUGUAAAAAUAAGGUUAUCCAAACCAGCAGAGGUGAACGAGAGUGUAAAUUUAUUGAAAAAGAUUACAGAUUUCUUCUCAAAAGCAAAGAAAUCUGAAAUUAAGAGAGCAUGUGCAGAGGCCUUAACGAAUAUGUUAUCACCUCUUGCUGAAUUCGAAUACAAAAAUGGCAUUGAUUAUCGUGAUUGGUUAACGGGACUUAAGAACUUGCUCUCGGUUGCAAAGAAAAUGUGCAAGAAAGCAUCAUAUCAGACGACCGCAUUUCCAUUCAGGGCAGCUGUGCUUUGUCUAAAUCCCAAAGCAGUUUUUGUUACUCCAUUCAAGGAAUAUUUAACCGAUGUAUUCAGAUUAUGCAAAGAUAAGAGCACAAAAUUAAUGGGACUUGAUUGCCUGUUGCAUGUUAUGGGUUAUUACUUGAAAAUCUCAAAUGAGACUGAUCAAUCUAUGGUUAUUGACAUUUUAACCAAGACAAUAGCAAUUAUUCUGAGUGGUAAAAAAAUACCACCAUCAAUACCAGCUCUCGACAGUAUUUAUGAUGCCUCUGUAGAUAUUAUAGUCAUGGUAUCAAAUAGCAGAAUGGAUUAUGCAAUGAAAAACAUGGUUCUCAAAAAUUUAGAGCUUGAUAGCAGCGUGAGUUUUUUACCAGAAACCGUUUAUUUAGCUUUGCGAGCGUUUCUUGCUAUUGCUGAAGUGAAUGAUAUGAAGAAACUCUCCUCCAUGCUGGGAACGGAUGAGAAAACCUCCGAAUUUCCUUGGGUUCAUAAGUUAUUGGACAGAACACAGAGUAGGUCGAGCAAUGAAACAGAAGGAGAUGACUUUGAUAAAGACCUCACUGUUCAUUCUGUGAGAAUGACUUCCCCAUUUUCAAGCUAUAGAACAUUAAGUAACAGCUUUGGAUCCAAAGCUUCAUCCUUUUACGGAGCUAACUUUUUGGCUAAAACAGAAAAAAUCAUUGAUGCUCUCGAACAAUAUCAAGAACAAAUGUCAGAACGGCUGAGUGGUAUUCUGAGGCUAUGUAUUCAAGUAUAUGGAAACUUUUUGCAAUCAAAUCACACAAAACCGUUGCACGAAAAUCUUUCAAAGGACAAGUAUGCCAGUUUACGUGUUGCUGUAACUUCAAUUUCGUGCAUUCCGAGAGUACUUCCAUGUGACUUUACUAGAAAAGAGCUUUGUGAUAUGUUGUGUCGAUUUAUUGUCCAUCAGUAUGGUGACAUUAGGGAUGUUUCAUGGGAGACCAUGUUACAAUUAAUGGAUAACCAUACGGAUCUUAGACCAGUAUUGAUACACUCAUUUGCUGAAAUGAUUGUGGCUAUUGAUGAUUUCAGAGCUGACCUAUUGAAAUCCGUCUUAAAAAAGUUUUUAUUCCUUCUUGAGAAAUGGAUUGCUAAUCUUAAUAAUCCACCAUCAACAGAGUCUACUAUGACCAGGCCAACAGUAUUUGGUAAACUGAAACCAGAAACUACAACCAGUAGCACAUACUUUGACCCUGCUCCUAUUGAAGCUGUGGGAGUUGUACUAUUGUGCAAUCUUAAUCCGUUCAUUAGACUUGCCAGUUUAAGAAUUUUCACUCUUGUGCGAACUAUUUCACACAAAAUUCUUGAAAGGGAAAAUAAGACACAUACCGCAACCGCUACAGUAGCAGAUCUUAUCGAAGAGGCAGGAAUGAGGAAUAUCCAAAACAUUUGGAAAAUUGAAGAACUUCCAAUGCCUGACACCUUUGAGAAAUUUAUACAAGAUCCAUCAUUGUCUUACUUUGAUUAUCUUACAGAUAUGUUGCGACUACUUGGAAAGGAUUUAUCAAUAUACUGCCAACCUACUUCUUACAUUGCUCUUGGACAAAUCACAAAACGAAUUAUGAGACUUAACAAUUUAUUGGAUAGCGUCUAUACAAGAAUGACUGUCACCAGUGAGAUCCAAAGAAUUGUAGAAUUGUGGAGUCAUUUUGUGAAUCUUGCAUGUGCUAUGGCAAGAAAGUCUCUCUUCAGACCACAUGAGGAAGAAGAACCAUCAUCAAAGGGUAUUCUCAGAACUCCAAGAAUUUCUUCAGCCAAAGAUUUAUAUGAAAUGAUUUAUCCUCAUCUAAAAUCAAAUUAUGAAAAACAAUCAACAGCAGCUGUGAAUGCCUUAGGAGCUGUACCCGACGAAUUAUUGGAGAUUCUUCUCGAUAACAUCAAACCUCUUGAGAACGAAGCUUACUCUAUUGAUAAGCAAAAAAAGAACAGGAAAAGAAAAGAUUUGUUGAGAGUGCAAAUUUCUAGAGUCUAUUCUCGACUGUCAAGUAACAUUCACGAUACAACAUUGAAGGAAAAAGAAUUUAUCAAAGAGAAAUUUCUUUCAUUCGUAGAGGAACAAAUCCAAUAUAGCAAACAGCCAGGAAACAUGUAUAACAUUGACUUGCAAUCUCUCAGACAUCACUUAUUUAUUGUCAUUGACAACAUUUCGAGAAAGUUAUAUUAUUAUUCUCCCAAGGCAGGAUAUAGAACUUUUGACAAGAACUUGAGAAAGGAACUGAUCUUAUUUGUGAUUCAAUGGACUGGUUAUGGUAAAUCAAGCAUUAAACGAGAAGAGGAAGAAUUGAACAGUCUCUCUGCUACCAUUGAAAAACUUAAAGAUCCAGAAGAGAAGAGAAAUAUGGGAGCUAUUUUCAGAAAGAAAACAGCUAGAAUGAAGUUUCGAUCGUGUGGAGCUGUGGCUGGCCUGUUGCUUGGAGAGUUUUUUGAAACAAAUAUGGAGAUACUCAAAAAUUGGAGUUCCAUGACACGUAUGGAAAACAAGAGAAAUCCAAAACUACAUGAUGAUUCUGUCGAAGAUGAGGAUACUGCUGAUGACGAAUCCACAACUGUGGUGAUUAGAGAAAAGAGCACUUCCAUUCGAUCUUCACUCUCCAUUCUUGACACUGUCCUCCGAAGUAAUCCUCCAACAAUAAUUAUGCCUGAAAAUUUAGAGCUUGAAUCACUUGGUAUUACUGUUCUUAAAUGGAUUGAUGAGAUCCUUUGUUCACGGUCUUUAGUUUAUAGAAAGAUUGGAAUUGAAGCUAUUGAAAACAUUUUGUUGUCGAAUCCAUCAUUACUUGACAUUUUUGUGGAUCAAUGCUACAAUUGUAGCAAAAAGUUGUCAAAGGGAUACUUUGUGGCAAUAUGUAAUGUUUUCGAGAGGUGUGAAAUGCCUUGUUCAGUACCAGUGAUGUUGACCUUAAUUAUUUUCAAAUCUGUUUCUGAGAGAUUAUCGAACAGAAAUAUUUCAUAUCGACUUCUCAGUUUCAUCAGCCAGAGAUUCUUCUCUUCCAACACAGAGAGUGGAAAUUAUCCUUAUUACAUUUCUAGUGGAUUAGAGGACCAAUUCUUCAGCAAUCAAAUAUCACUUGCUGCAAAACUUGCUCGUGAUCAUCCACAACAUGCCUACGGAGUAUUAGAAGAAGUAUUCCAGAGGUUGGCCUAUUUACUUCCUGGUGAUCAAAGAUCUCUUCUAAAAUCAUUGAUUGAAUGGAUUCCAUAUCUGAAUCUAGAUGAGUUGGAAAUUCUGAGCUCAUUCAGAGGUUCAAACGCAAUGCCCAAUGACGACAUUCUUCUUUCUAAAAUACCUGAAAGUAGAAGAGUUUUAGAUAUCAUGUUUGAUAUAACUAAAACCUAUGCCCAGCAAUUUCCUGAAGAAUGUAAAGAAAUGUGGAUGAGACUCUCAAGCGAUCCAUCAAACAUUAGAAAAGUCAUGAUUUAUCUCACUGAGAAAGGAACUCAAUUCUCGAUUGAUGCUCCUAACUGCAAAACUCUAUUUUCCAUUUCACAAAAGAUUUCCUAUUAUUGUGCAUGUGCUGGACCACAACAAGUGGUUGAUUCACUUGUGGUGGAAUAUAUUCAAAAAUCUAGAGAUGAUAUUCCACUUUCUAAACACUACCGAGAGAUUUCUCCCAAUAUUGAAAGUAUUGCUGUUUUGACUCAGAGACAAGGUGGACGUUCAGCAACGCCACCUCUUGUGCGUUGUGAUGUGGUUCUCAUCUUACUGAGUGAAGUUGCAUAUGAUCAUGCUGCUGUUUUUAGAAAACAUCUUCCUCUUAUCCUCCAAUAUAUGUUUAUUAGAAUGGAUCACAAAAUCAAAUUGGUUUCAUACAAUGCCAAGCUCUUAUUGGUUCACCUGGUGCACAGUUUGGUUGUGAAACAAUUACCUCAUAAUGGAGGAACCUUGGAACAAAACGAACACCUAUUCGAAGCUAAAAAUUUAAUUCAUUUCUUGUUGGAUUGCAAAACAGAUGAAUACCUAUGGACAAGAGAUAAUAUAACCAUUGAUGACAUGACUUUGGGCCAAAUUGCAGGUAACACAAGUGCAAUGUUUUUCUCCAACUUGGAAGAUGACUUGGGUGACUAUGCUCAAAGAUCUAUUGAUGAAAAACCGAGCAUGAAUCCAGUGAGUGACAAUGUCAAGCAAUUGACCUCCCUUGUGGAACGUGUUGUUUUUAUUUUGAAGAAUGAGCCAAAUAUUAAGAGCGAAUGGGGAUAUCAAUCUCUUAUUUGGGCAACAAGAAGCAGCUCGAUUCACAAUGUUGUCCGUUCAUACCAAAUUUAUCGUACUCUUAGACCAGAAUUAAGAAAGAGUGAUUUUGUUAUAAUUUUACAAGAUUUAAAGAAGUAUUUGGAGGAACUUUAUUCAGGUGAUUCGCUUCAAGUGGACAAGUCAGUUCCAAUUGAUACGACAAAGAUUGCCAUUGUCGUUGAGAUUAUUGAAACCAUCCGUGUUGUGGUAAAACAUAUGGAAAGAACUCGACUGGUGUUAUUCCCACAAAUAUUUUGGCUUUCUACAGCGCUACUCUAUAGUGAUGUUACUCAUAUUUAUGUGUAUGCGUUACGUUUGUUAACACAAGUGUUAAAACGUCUUGACAUUAGUGACGAUGCAAUUAGAAAUGUGAUCAUUGCUUCAAGACCCGAGAUUCUCUCUCCUACUACAGACAUUCAGGAUUUAUUGACGAAAGGUCUUCUCAAUCCCUUCUCUGAGCCAUUAUCGAUUGAAAUCUUGGCCAUAUUUUUCAAGAUUGACUGUGACUUGAUGACUGACACUGGACCUUACAUUAGAUUUAUCAUGAAGAACAUGAUUGGAUUACUGCCAAGACUUUGUUGCCACAUUGAUGACACAAACAAACUCAAGUGUUGGUCCAUUGCAUCUAACAUUGUAGAAGUGUGUGAAAAUGCAUCUCUCAAGAGAUUGGCAAAAGUAUUUUCAAGAUAUUCGAAAGGUUAUUAUACUUCAUCAGACAAAUUUUUACUUGACCUUCGAAGGCCAUUCUCUGAAGCCUUUUUCCCCAAAUUUGAAAAAGAAGUUUUUGAUUUUUUCAUUGAGCUUCUUCAGUUUGGACCAAAAUUAUAUCAAAAAUCCCUUCUCUCCAUUCUGCAUUCAUUGCUUCUUCAUGCAAAUAUUUCAAAGAAUAAUAUUGGAAAGAAGAAUGGAUUUGUGGCAACCAUUAUUGAAAUGUUAGAAGGCCCAUUAUGGUAUGAAGCGACUCGUGUUUUGGAUGUCACUGUUAAAAACAGCUUUGAGAAAGAAAGAAAAGAUCCUAUUCAAUGGAAUCAAAAAGGUGUUGAGAGUUUAAAUAUUAAGCAAUUACGUAUGAAUAACAGCAUGCCUAGAUAUUUCUUUGGAUAUCAUGCUGGACCUGGUAUCAAACAAUGUAUCAAUGUGAUUCAAAGUAUUUAUAACUAUAGCGUGCUUCCUGUUCAUGAAGAAGAAAUCAACUUGUUGGAUUUAGUUGAAGAAAUUCACUCCACUCCUGAGCCUUCUUCUCCAACCACGAUACGAAUCACCUCAUAUCCUGAAUUAGCAAUUUCCUCUGUACAAGAUAUUGAACAUUUGGAAUUUGACAUUUCGGACGAGGAAACAAUCACAGAAGACAGUGCUGAGAACAUAUCCACCGAGUUCGAUGAUCAAGCAACAGAUAGUGAUUUAUUGUCAACAGCAAGCAAAUACAAAAUGACAUAUGACAACUCAGAAAACAGUGAGGAGGAAGAAAUCAAAAAGUUGGAUGAACUUUUACUACAGACCAUCCAAAUGAUAGCAUCUGAAGUUAAGCCCCUUGUAUCUCCGUAUGUCACAGCUUCAAUACCAUUCGAUAAGAGUGCUCCAAGCUCGCCACAAAACAUGAUGAAGGUUCCAAAGAAACGAACAUCCUCUUUCUCAUCCUCAACCAAUUCCCUUCUAAAUAGAAAAUUCCAAUAA